AUGGGUCUCGCCGCCCCAAAGAACAAGCGCAAACUGGGCAAUGACCCUAACAACACGAAAUGGAGCCGUAACACCGAAAACUUUGGGCACCGCAUGCUUCGGUCCCAGGGCUGGGAGCCCGGCCAGUACCUAGGACCACAAGAUGCCUCCCAUGCCGUCUACCAUACGGCAGCGAGUGCGUCGCACAUCAAGGUUGCACUCAAGGAGGAUAACCUCGGGCUGGGCGCCAAGAUGAACCGCGGUGACGAGUGCACCGGCCUGAACGCCUUUAAGGAGAUGCUGGCAAGGCUGAAUGGCAAGUCGGAGGCUGCGAUUGAGAAGGACAAGAAGGCCAGGGAGGCCCACGCCAUGAACGUUUAUGUGGAGCGCAAAUUUGGGACGAUGCGCUUCGUAAGUGGCGGCUUCCUCGUCGGCGACGUUAUUCGAGAGAAGAAUGAGGCUGAGGUGGAGAGCACAGAUGCGACACCAGAGCCUGCAGAGACGUCGUUGAAGAAGGAGAAGAAACGCAAGGCUGGGCGAGACGAUGACGAUGAAGCACAAUCUAAAGAGGAGCGUAGGAGGGCCAAGAAGCAGAAGAAGUCCAUGAAGGAGACUGUUUCUGGCGGUGACGACGUUACAUCGGAAGAGGACUCGGCAAAAUACAAAAGUAAAAAGGACCACAAGAGCAAAAAGGAGAAGAAGCGAAGGAAAGAAGAGCCGGCUUCUGACGAACAGGAACCCGAGGACGAGGAGAGCCGUGAGAAGCGGAGGAAAAGGGAAAAGAAAGAACGCAAAGAGAGGAGAAGGGAGAAACGGGAAAAGAAAUUGAAAAAGAAGCAGCAGCGUGAAGAAGACAGUUCCUCUUCGGAGGCCAACUCGGACGAGGAGACCACUACGGUCGAUACCGGUGCGUCUACGCCAGUCGCCAGUGGUACUUCAACCCCUGUCUCGCAAGUCUCGGUUCGUCACCUCGCAAGGAGACGCUUCAUUGCUCAAAAGCGGAUGGCUCUGAAGGAUCAACAAGCAUUGAAUCAGAUAUUUAUGAUAAAAUCAUCCUGA